AUGCCCCUCGUCAAUACUACAGAAGUCAACGAGGACACUCGUGUCCUGGGAUACGAUGCCCUUCUUCCUCCCCAUUUCCUCCAAUCCGAAAUCCCAGCUCCCGCCCACGCAAUUGAGACAGUUCGUGCCGGCCGGAAUCAGGCCAUUGAGAUCAUUGAGCAACGGGAUGACCGCCUCCUGGUCGUUGUAGGCCCAUGCUCGAUCCAUGAUCCUGUUACGGCUCUCGAGUAUGCCACUCAGCUGAAGGAGCUUGCCCAGAAGCUCUCGGGGGACCUCUGCGUCAUCAUGCGUGCCUACCUGGAGAAGCCUCGCACCACAGUGGGUUGGAAGGGUCUGAUUAACGACCCGGAUAUUGAUGAGACCUACAACAUCAACAAGGGCCUGCGUGUGUCUCGUAAGCUCUACGCUGACCUGACUGGUAUGGGCAUCCCCAUUGCGAGCGAGAUGCUCGAUACGAUUUCUCCUCAGUACCUGGCGGAUCUUAUCUCUCUUGGAGCCAUUGGUGCCCGUACAACCGAAUCGCAAUUGCACCGGGAGCUGGCUUCCGGUCUGAGUUUCCCCAUUGGCUACAAGAACGGCACUGAUGGCAACUUGACCGUUGCUAUUGACGCCAUCGGUGCUGCUUCUCACCCGCACCGCUUCUUGGGUGUCACCAAGCAAGGUCUUGCUGCCAUCACCAAGACUUCAGGCAAUGAGCAUGGCUUCGUGAUCUUGCGUGGAGGUAACAAGGGCACAAACUACGACCGGGAAAACAUCAAGAGCGCUCGUGAGGCCUUGCGGUCGAAGAAGCAGCGUGAGGUGGUCAUGGUGGAUUGCUCCCACGGAAACUCGAAGAAGGACCACCGCAACCAGCCUCUCGUCGCCAAGGAGGUUGCCGAUCAGCUGCGUGAGGGUGAAGAUGCUAUUAUCGGUGUCAUGAUUGAAUCCAACAUCAAUGAAGGUAACCAGAAGGUGCCUCCUGAGGGCCCCUCAGGAUUGCGCAAGGGUGUCAGCAUCACUGAUGCUUGCAUUGACUGGCAGACAACUGUCACCGUCUUGGAGGACUUGGCCGAGGCCGUUCGUGCCAGACGGGUCGCCAAAGCUUCUCAAUCAAAUGGUGCCUCGCAGUAA